UCACAGAGUCGAGGGAAGGGCUGGAGAAUCAGCAUCAGAAGACAGACCGCAGCCCGGUGACAGGAAAGACUUGCCAACCCCACGCCACUCACAGCGCCGUCCGGCUGAUCACUGCUGAGGGCUCCACAGCCUACUUCCCCAUGCGGGAGACCUGCAGCCUGUGGCCGCAAGUGACAUCCACCCUUCAUCUGGGGCCUCACGGAAGGGAUCUCAUUGAAGAUGGCUACAUUAGCUUGGGGCCGGGACCAGCACCUCCAGGAGUCCUGAAUCAUGCCCUGGCCUGGAGGGAUGGUGUCCAGAGACUAGAGAAAGACUCAGUGGAUGGGGAGCCGACCACAGCAGCGGCCAAGAGAACUGGAGGGUGCGGCACCAGCGUUCACGGCCCCAGGUCUACAGAUUCCGGAGUUUCACUCUCUCCUCGUCCCUCAGGGUCCCUGAGGCACCUCGGAGACACUGCCGGUCAGGCCUGGGCUCCGCUCUGCUUUCUGUGGGAGUUCACGAGGAGGAAGAGGGCGUCCCCCGGCACUGGAGCCAGCAUUAGCUGGGUCAUUUGCAACCCCUUCCCAGGAAGACCGAACAGGGAGACCCUCAGGUCACCCCAGCUUCUCCUCCUCUGCUGCGAAGAGGAUCAGGGAGCUGUAGCUUCCCAUCCCUUACCUCAUCGUUCUGUUUGGCGGAUGAGAAGUACUCGAUCCUCUGAAGGGCUUUUACCUCCCAGCCGCUGCGGAACGCUGCGCCUCUGUCAGCCUAGACCUAUUUAUUACCGAGGUUGGCUUCAUCGUUUGAAAUAGAAGUGUUCAUGAAACUUAAACCAUUAAAGUGGUGUUAACGGGC